AUGGCAACCACAGCAUGUUUCGUCAUCGUCAGCAGAAACGACAUCCCUAUUUACGAAGCUGAAGUCGGAUCCGCUGCCAAAAGAGAAGAUGCUGCUCAGCUGCAUCAGUUUAUAUUACAUGCUGCUCUGGAUAUUGUUCAGGACCUUGCCUGGACUACUAGUGCCAUGUACUUGAAAGCAAUAGACCGCUUUAAUGAUCUGGUGGUUUCCGUCUAUGUCACCGCUGACAUACAUACACGACUUAUGCUACUUCAUGACUCCCGUAAUGAUGAUGGUAUCAAGAGCUUCUUCCAAGAGGUUCAUGAGCUCUAUAUCAAGUGGUGGUUACUAGGCAGAUUGACCAUAGUGGUUCAAGUAAGGGUGGUGUGUAGCGGUGGUUUUGGCGAUGGCAAUGGUAGGGUUUUGGUGGCUAGAAAUAGCUUUGAUCGUGGUAAUUUGCCGGGGGUUUCUCGCAGCAAGCUUUCUGCAUGUUUUGAUGGUUGUGAUAGAGGUACGAUGGGAAUUCCCACCAUAAGAGCCCAUUUUUAA